CAGCGACGCGCGCGCUGGCGGCAGCGUGACAAAGCCGGCGCUCCCGCCAACGCACGCGCAGCUCGCGCGUAUACACCGCGGAUCUGCAUUCGGCAACAGUAGUCCAAGUGCGACCGGCGGCGACAGCGCGCAACGUCAACAACUCAUCUUCAAUAUCGAUAAGGGAGCCAAACCAUAAUGCUAGUGAAGAGAGCGAUGCACUUGGCGCUGUUGGCGGUGGCGUUGCUGUGGCAGGCCCGGUGCGGCGCCGCGCCCGCCGCCGUCAAGUUCUGCGGCCGGCAGCUCGGGGAGAUCAUGAGCAGGGUCUGCCACGCCUACAAUAGCCCCUCCUGGGACGUACCUACAGUGGUGGUAGAACAAACUGGGUCGCUGGUGCGACGGAGACGGCACCUCGGCAUAGCAGACGAAUGUUGCACAAUGGGGUGCACGUGGGAACAGCUCAGCAAAUACUGCUCAGUCAGCGCUUAUUCAGAAUCACCGAUGGACGAUAUAGAAACGCAUAUGAUAGCAGACCGAUCGGCUGAGCAAGCGGCAGGGCCGCCGUCACCCGCUGUGGUCGGCAACAGCGUGCCAGGGCCGCAAUCAGGAGGCGCGCGGCGCGAGGUGGGGCGCAAUCGGAGUCGCGGGUACGGGCGCGCGCGGGCCCGGGGGCGCCGUUGUUGGUGCCGGCGCAAGCGGCGCUCGGGCCGACGGCGAUCCGCUCUCAUGGGUAACAUGGGCCUCGUAGAAAAUGCAGCUCGCGCUGCGCCCGUAGUAGGCACCGUGUCGCCCCUGCUAACGUGGGGCAGAACUCUCAAUACUGACUUGCCCAUCGCAGAUGAGAACAAAUACGCCUAUGUCGCCAUCUACACAUAAUCCACGCCGAUUGUCGCGACUUUAUCGCAUGGAAACUGAAACAAUGGCUCAUGAUCGGACAUCGUCUGACAACUGUUUACAGAAAAUCAAUUCUGUUAAUCGCUCAUUCUUUUUAAAAGCGUCUUAAAAUGUGUCAUGGCUUUACAUCAUAGCAUAAUUGUACAGGUCCUAUUGGAUUUGACUGUCUACAUAGUUAAAGUAUCUGCAAGUCCACCUUUUUAGUUUUUAAAAGCUAAAUAAAAUUACGCUUUGAAGCAUACGACAAAUGAACAAGUUUUGUUCAAUAUAGACAUACAAGUGAAAAAUGUUCUCAAAACUUGUGAUGUCAGCUUUCAGGUGGAGUAGGUAAUAUUAAUGUGUUCUAAUUAUACAUAAUCUAGUUCAAAAAUAUUCCAUAAAUAUAGAUGAGUAUGUUUUGUACCUAUUAAUAAAUAAGAUGUGUUCGUACAGUCCAUCAACUCGAUGGAUGCAUUAAUCAUGUACAAAGUUAAGCUUUUUAUUAAUAUCGUGGUAUUUUCGACGUAGGUAUAGAUAUUGAAUUAUAUAGCAUUAGUUACAU